AUGACUUUGGGUGACCCCUAUAGCCCUACCCUAUCCAGGUGGAUUCUCUCCCGAACUAAUGAUGGGACCACCGUCCAAGCUCUCACCAGUUACGGAGCCCCCACUUUCAGGUUUGACCUUUGUACCCUCUUGGGAUCAGGAUGGAAUCAAAACUGGGCUAUACGGGACCCUAUCACUGGGGGAAGGGGAUACUGCCCCACUAUUCCCAUUCCCACCACUCAAACCACACCCGGGGCAGGGGAAGUGAGGAUCAGAAGUAUUGAAUUCUAUGCUUGUCCGGCCACGGGGAAUCCUUCCUGUCAGGGUAGUAGUCACUUUCAUUGUGCAGAAUGGGGUUGUGAGACUGUGGCCGGGUGGAUUCCUAGGGGCGGCCGGGACCCCCUAAUCACCCUGGAGAGACAAAGCCCUCUCCCCGCCUCCUGCGGGCCUGGGAAAUGUAACCCUAUGAUCCUAACAGUCAAGCAGGACACUGAUGACUCUUGGAAUCUCGGGCAUUCUUGGGGUUUAAGGUUAUACAUGACUGGGUGGGAUAAUGGGGUCCUCUUUACCAUUCAGAAAAUCGCAGUUCCCGCCCGUACACUCCCAAUAGGUCCGAAUCCCAUCCUUAACCCACAAGCCAUGUUGACUCUCGCCCCACCAUCUGUUAGGGACCUGGUACCAGAGGCUCCCGAAAAUCCAGGGACCCCCACUAACCUAGGUUCCCCCAUUUUUGACACACUCUCUGCUGUCCACUCAUUCCUAAAUUUGUCUGAUCCAAACAUAACCACCUCCUGUUGGCUGUGUCUGAAUCCAGCCCCCCCCUAUUUCGUAGGAAUUGCUAUCGAACUUAACAUCACCUCUGUGGGAAAGUUGUCUUUAAGUAAGUCCAAACGACCCUCUGCCAUACCUGCCCACUGUAACCCAGACAAGCCUAGACUUACCCUAGACGAUGUCCAGGGCAAAGGGAUGUGUUUGCUCGGGCCUGACUACCCGCUGCGGUCCUCCCCGUUCAACGCUACGUGCACUUCAGCCAUUCUUAUUUCCCCCACAUCCAAAAGCUCUGACCUCCUGUUAACCGCCCCACCUGGAGUAUGGUUCGCUUGUACCAGAGGACUCACAACCUGCAUACAGGGCAUUCAUUUCCUCAACCCGACCGAGCUCUGUGUAGUGGUGCAUGUCUUUCCUCAGGUAUAUGUCUACUCAGAGGAAGGGGCAGCUGAGCAUUUUGGCCUAACUCGCUCCAGGAAGGCUGCACCUAUCUUGGUUCCUAUAUUGGUGGGACUCGGAGUGGCCGGCUCCGCUGCUGUUGGGGCCUCAGCCCUGAUACAGGGAAAAGCCAACUAUGGUGCCUUGAGUGCACAGGUAGACAAGGACCUACGCUCCUUGGAAGAGCUAGUCUCACACCUUGAAACUUCUCUAGACUCCUUGGCUGAGGUGGUUCUCCAGAACCGCCGAGGCUUGGACCUACUGUUCCUCAAACAGGGAGGCUUAUGCAUGGCGUUGGGAGAAACCUGCUGUUUCUACGCCAAUCGGUCUGGAGUUAUUCGGGAGUCCUUGCAAGCCCUUAGGCAGCGGUUAGAUGAGAGGGACCGCGCACGGGCAACGGGGUCUUCUUGGUAUCAGACCCUGUAUAAUUGGUCCCCCUGGCUAACCACCCUAAUCUCCGGAAUGGUGGGCCCUCUGGCCCUUCUCCUCCUUGGGUUACUCGUGGCCCCUUGUUUCAUAAAAUGCAUCACCCGCUAUGUCCAGAAACGAGUGCAAGCACUCCAGUUGUUUGUCCUGCGUCAAUCCUAUGCUCCUCUGAACUCUAAUGAGUCCCCCGUCUGA